ACCCUCAUGGUAACAAGUACGACCUGAGUCACCUCAUCCGGUACGCAGAUGACAGCCCCUGGAUCGCCAUCGACACAGACUCGGUCAAAUCACGCAGCUUUUACAUCAACGUCUGCAAACCUCUCCCCCCCGUCAACAACUGUCCAAUCGGCCCUCUGGGAGCUUGUGGUUUGAUCGAUGGCAGAAGUUACAACCUGGGAUACGUCCUGUCGACGCCACAGCUGGCGGAGGACGGCUCCAUCAGCAUCAUCUAUCAGAACGGAGAUCUGUGCGGUGCCACGUCCCGAUACUCGACACGCAUCAUCCUGCAGUGUGACGACUACCCAGGCUCCCCCAUGUUUGAUCGUAAAGAUGGUUGUGAAUACGUCUUCAUCUGGAGGACAUCCGAGGCCUGCCCCAUCACGAAGUCUCAAGGGGACGACUGCCGUGUCCGUGACCCAAAGAGCGGCUACGAGUUUGACCUGAGAUCUCUGAAGGGACGAGAUUACCCAGUCAGGAACGAAAAGUACAUCUACCACCUGUCCGUCUGCGAGGGGCUCCAGAGAGGCGUCUGCACCCAGAAAGACAACGGCAUCGAGACAGUGUCCUCCUGUCAGGCGGAUGGAGAGAAACACAAGAUUGCAGGAACGGCAAACCAGAUUCUGAGCUUCGUGGGAGACCAGCUCAUCCUGAACUACACCAACGGAGAAACCUGUCAUAAAAUAUACCAGAGGUCCACAGAGAUCUACUUCUCCUGCCACCCCGACAGACACCCUGGAGUGCCACAGUUUAUCAAGGAGACUCCAGACUGUACCUACCUGUUCAGCUGGCCCACCGCUCUGGCCUGCAUCCCGUUCAGAACCACCAGCUGCUCCUACAAUGACGGUCAGGGCCACUCGUACGACCUCUCCCCUCUGGCUUUGGACUCUGGGAACUGGGAGGUUGAGUCCUCGUCUGUGGACACGAGAAAUCGAUUCUACAUCAACGUCUGCAGGACGCUGACGCAGCAGGGAGGUUCAUGGAAGUGUCCCUCCAGUGCGGCGUCCUGCAUGAAGACCGGAGAUGAUUACAUGAGUCUGGGGCAGGUGGAGUCUGGUCCCACGUGGGACGGAAAAGUCCUGAAGCUGCAGUACAGCAGUGGCGAGGUCUGCCCUGACGGACAGCGCAACAGGACGAGCAUCAUCCGCUUCAAGUGUGACAAAGACAGAGUGGACUCCCGUCCCACUAUGAUCUCUGCCCUUGAGAACUGUGUUUACACCUUCCUGUGGUUGACAGCGGCCGCCUGCCCCCUAAACAGCAGCGAACAUGACGACUGCAGGGUCACCAACCCGGCUACAGGUCACAUGUUUGACUUGAGCGCCCUGACGAAGGAAGGCGGUUACACUGUCUACGAUCACAAGCAGCACAGAAAGAUGUUCCGCAUGAAUAUCUGUGGAAACGUGGCCAACGCUGGCUGCAGCCCUGAAACCGCUGUGUGCAUUAAGGACACCAGCACAGCGGUGAGCGGCGGUCAGGUGAGCAGGAAGCUCUCGUACAAGGAUCAUGUCGUGGAGCUGACGUACGAGGGAGGGAGCCCCUGCCCAGCGAACCCCGAACUCAAACACAGCAGCAUCAUCCACUUCAUCUGCAGACCCCCUCACAUGGGCUCAGCCUCCGCAGAGCCGGUCCUCAUCGACUCAGAUGCUGAGACCUGCACACACUUCUUCUCGUUCCACACUCCGCUGAUCUGUGAACAGCCUGUGACGUGUUCGGUCCAGAACGGCUCUGCUCUCAUAGACCUGAGUCCUCUGAUUCACGUCAACGGAUACUACACAGCAUCGGAUGAGGCGGUGGAUCCAAAGGACGGAUCAUCUGACUUUUACAUCAAUGUCUGCGUGCCUCUGAACCCAAUCCCCGGCGUCACCUGUCCUCCUGGAUCGGCCGUCUGCAUGGAUCCUGAUAACGGACCGCCGAUGGAUAUCGGCCGAACCACCAAAGGUCCGGAGAUCGACAGUGCGACAGGGGAAGUGUCCAUCACCUAUAAAAGCUCCACAAAGUGCGCAGAGGACCCGGCGCAGAACUACUCUUCCACCAUUAUCUUCACCUGCCAGAGAGGCCUGGAGCUGGGCUCUCCACGAAUGCUGAAGCUGGAGUGCGUGUAUUUGUUUGAGUGGGCGACGCCUGUGGUCUGUUCAGACGCCACCCACACCAGCGGCUGCAACCUCACCGACUCCCAGCUCGAGUUCACCUUUGACCUUUCAGCCCUUUCUGCUGAAGUCCAGGUACCAGGACCCUCCAGCACCUACCACAUCAGCGUCUGCGGCUCAGUGGCGGAGCCGGCCUGUAAGAAAAGUGCAGUUUGCCGCGUGUCUGGUUCGGACAAGAUGGCUUCGUCGUUCGGCAUCAGCAAGGCCAUGACGAUGGACUACAAACACGAAGAGCAGGCCGUGCUGAUGCAGUACGGAGGGGGAGAUCCCUGCCCGCCACUGACCAAUGAGGGUGAGGUGUGUGUGCUCCCCUUCAUUCUCAUGAAGAAGUCGUACACGGCGUGCACCAGCGACGCGAGGACCGACGGCAGGAAGUGGUGCGCCACCACCGCCAACUAUGACACGGACCAGAAGUGGGGCUUCUGCAAUGCAGCCUCUGGGCCACGUCGGUCGUCCAUCUUGUUUACCUGUGACCAGUCUGCAGGCCACGGAACUCCGCAGCUGCUCUCGGAGACGGCAGGAUGUUCCGCCACUUUCCAGUGGAAGACAAACGCGGUUUGUCCCCCGAGGAAGAUGGAGUGCAAGCUGGUCAGCCAGCAUCAGACCUUCGAGCUUCGAGCCCUGUCGUCCCUCACCGAGCCGUGGAAGUUCAGCCACAAGGGAGAUUCGUAUUACAUCAACCUGUGUCAGGGGAUCCACGGUGGAUUGCCAGCUUGUCCGGACGGAGCGUCCGUGUGUCGACACUCGGCAGCGGGACAGACUCACACCCUGGGCCGAGUUUACACCCAGAAGAUGAGCUUCUCCGAUGGAAAGAUCUCCGUCAGUUACUCAGCAGGAGACGAAGUCUGUGGUAAAGGCGUGCGGGCGAAGACUGUGAUCCAGCUGAGCUGUGGCUCCACUGUCGGACACCCAGCGCUCAUCAGUGUCAACGAGACAUCCUGCGAGUUUGUGAUUGGCUGGGAGACUCGGUCGGCGUGUGCGGUGAAGCAGCGUGAGGUGGAGAUGGUGAACGGAACGAUACAGGUCCCUGACACCGGGGCCAAUCUCAGCCUGGGGGCCCUCUACUUCAGCCAACAUCAGGCGUCUGGAGACAUCCGUUCCAACGGCGACCGAUACAUCUACCACAUCCAGUUGUCCGGCAUCACCAACAACUCACUGCCCAGCUGCCUCGGCGCCAACAUCUGUCAGGUGAAGCUCAACACACCCUACAGACGCAGGAUCGGCUCCUCCAGCAAAGCCAAGUACUACGUCAAAGGGGGAAACCUGGACGUGAUGGUGCCCUCGGAGUCAGAGUGCGGCCGCGCGAAAACCAAAAUGGUGUCGUCCACCAUCAUGUUCCACUGUAACCCCUCGGCAGGCGUCGGCAUCCCAGAGUUCAUGCUGGAGACGGAUGAAUGCCAGUAUCUGUUUGUGUGGCACACGGAGGCUGUGUGUGGUCUGACAACUGUUGACGAGAAGUCGAUCGACGAAGGCGACGGCAGCGCGGCUCCAGCUGUCUCUCGGCGGAGCCAGGCGCUGGGGGUGAUGCUGUGCCUCCUGUUGGCGGGGAUGUCGGUGUGUCUGCUCGGGCUCUUGCUCCACAAGAGAGAGAGAAGGGAGCUGGUGAUCCAGAAGGUUUCCGGCUGCUGCAGAAGAGGAAACCAAGUCUCGUAUAAAUAUUCAAAGGUCAACAUGGAUGAAGAAGGGGGCGAGGAGGAGAUGGAGUGGCUGAUGGAGGAGCUCGAAGCCCCUCCCACGUCCUCCUCGUCCCACAGGGGCAAGAGUCACCACGGCAACGGUCACAUCACGACCAAGCCGGUGAACACAGACGCCCUCCGCUCGUUCACGCUGGACGAGCAGGAGGACGACAGCGAGGACGAGGUGCUCAGCGUCCCGGGGGUCCAGGUGUUUAAGUCGAAAAACUCGGCGGCUCAUCGCAGCGCCUUCCUACAGGAGGAGAGUGACGAGGACCUGGUCGGCCUCCUGGACGACUCGGAGCGGAAGAGGAAGAGCGGCAAACCCCGCUCUUCGGGCCGUAACCACGGUAACAACACGGCAGCCAACGUGAAACGGGACGAGGACGACAGUGACGAGGACCUCCUCAGGGUGUGAUGUCACUUCCUCACUGCCCCCCGCCCCCCCCCCCGGCUCUCUCUCCCUCCUCCAUCCUGUCUGAACUCUGCUCUCUCAGUGAAUGUCUCCGUCAUAGCAACAGUGAAACACCGACCACGUCUUGAAAUCAGAAAACUUUCCUCUUCCUUUUUAUUUUGGGGGGCGGGGGGGUUUGUUUAUUUUUUGGGACUGCACCUUUACUCUCCUCCUGAGUCCAGUCCUCUGUCUACAGAUCGUGGAUCGAUCAGCACACGGUAUCUUAUUUAUUGAUAGCUGAUUAUUUAAAGUGUUCUUCAGGCCUUGUUGACCUGCACCCUGUCUUUUCACUUUUUCUUUUUUUUGUGUUUUCUUUUUUUUUCAAACGAUGAAUUGAAAUCACUUCCUUCAGUCUCACCACAUUUAUCUGACAGUUCCGACUUAUCGAAUGAACCCAGGGCUCAAAAAAACAAGACGACCCCAUCUUUUAAAAUGUGUUGCCUCUGCAGAGAGACGUGUCAGGGAAAAGAUUCAGAGGAAAUUGAAUUAUAUCAAAUACUUAAAGCUGUGCCAUUGCUUUUGCACUUUAUUGUAGCACUGAUUUCCUGGAAAUUAUCAUUUUCUUUUGCAGAGCGGGCAACAAUACAUUUACUGCUUUGAGGGUUGAGUCAUAGUUCUGGUUUUUAAUGAUCUUUAGGAACGAAUUAGAAAACUAAGCUGGAGUUUUGGGGCCAGAUGAAGAUGAGAAUAACGUUGUAGUUGAGAAGAACAGAGAACACGUGCUCGCUCUGAGUUUAUAAUCUCCAAGAUUCUCUCUCCAGAAAAUACUCAGUGACAAAAGAUCAAGUAUUUUGUGAAACUAAAGUAAAACUUUGUAAAAGUUUAUUACAACUUUAUUCUCUGAAGCUCAGAUGUUUCUUUUCAGUGGCCCUAACAACCUGUCGUAGAAAUCUGUGGUGAAAUAGUGAAACGAAAUAAAACGGCUAUCAAAGAAAGUAGCAGGACGCUGGUUCAGUUUUCAGGACGUAGGCAGUGGAGCUGUCGGCUCGUGUCGUCUCUAAAGGGAAUGAAGACGCCCGUUUGUCUUUUCUCGCUGUUUACAGUUGCUAUAAUAGCAGAUCUUUUCUCUUUCUUUCCCCGUGAAAAGAAAGCGUGAUGCCUUCCUAACGAUGAAUUUACUUUUGCAUUUUCAUCAACGAAUCGUGUCCAGCGACAGAUUGAUUUGUGAGACGUUGUACAUAGACGAUAAUGUUCUGUAAUGUGGACUUGUUCUGUUUCGUUCGUCUUCACCGGUGAAAACGCUCGCUCGUGUGUUUUUAUGAUUAUUUAAAUGUCGGAGCUGAUUUUCUGUUGGUGUCUCUGUUCUGUGUGGAAAUAGCGACGGCCUUAAGUGUGAAUGGAACGGUCGAUGGACGUUUGAAAGUGAAACGUGACGUGUUGGAUUAGCUUGCGUUGGUUUUGAACUCCUGCUAAAGCCAUAUAUUUCUUCAGCCACCAAUGUACGGAAGUUGUUUUUCUUUAGUUUUGUCCGCUUGCACGCUGUCGUACACGAGAGGCUCGGUUUUGAUUUAUCAGGUCUGUGAUGGUGGACGUGUUGAAUGUGAGGUUUUCACUCAGUAAAGCCAAGUUUUGUGCCGAAAUCCGCUCUUUUUUUAGCCAAAUGCAUGAAGUGAUUGGACUAAAUGAAGAAAUUAAACAUAAUUAUAUCCCGACGUAAACAUUAAACACCUUUUCUGCUUGAUUAUAUCAAAACUCGUGUUGCCACAACGGAUCCAGGGCUCAGCUGUUCAGGUUCAUUUUGUUAUUUCAUCGAUUAACUAAAAUUAAAUCGCACACUUCCUUAUAGUGAGUUAACCUACACAGCAUAAACCAUUGACUGAAAAUAAAGAUGGACGACGUGUUCCUCCCACCAUCCAGAAAUGAAGCCAAGAUAUUACGGAUACAAUCGCUGCCAUCUUGUGGUGUAUCAUCGAAUAACAAAUUAAAACCGAAGCCAGCCACCAGGGGGACAUCAAGGUGCUGUGGCUUCACUUUUGUGGAGGCGUCAUAUCGUCCAUCUUUCUUUUUUUUUUUUUUUUACAGUCUUUGGUAGAAGCACAGUAGUUUCGGUUCCGUCCCACUUGCUUGUUUUUUUUUUCAUUUGUCGUUCUGAAACAUUCACCGUGUUAAUAUUUGUGCACUUACACCGAUGUUUAGUUCAUGAUGAUGAAAUGUCCACUGGUACGAAGAUUAAAUCCACUUUUGGGGGUUUUCAGUGUUCACUCCACACAAACUCAAGUUAUUAACGGACAUGUGACGUCAUCGCUAAAAUCAGUCACCAUUCAGGGUAUUUCUAAAGCUUUAUACGCAAAUUUGCUAAACACAUUUUUGUAAAAUGUCCAAAAACUCUGACAAAAUAACACAAAAAAAAAAAAAAAGGCUUUACUCGGUGAACAUGAGUGUUUUAUAUGGAGGACUUUGAGUUGGUCCAUAAAAGUGAAAGUUAAAAACACAAACAUCGUGUUUCAGUCCCUCUGCUGCAGGUUUUCACCGAUGAGUCAGGAUCACGUCACUCAGUUCAUUUAUCUUUGACUCUGUAAAGGUCGAGAUGAACUGUUAUUACAGCUUGGGUCUGAAUUCUCCCUCGUCGUGUUUUCUGUUAAUAACCGACAGGAUCAGUAGAAUGAUUCAGCUGCUGAUCUGAAGUUAUGAAGUAUUUUGUCCACGGUACAUCGGGUAAAGUUUCCAAAGCCAAAAACUCAAAACCUAAAUAUGAUUGUCCAGCGGAGGUCGAAAUGAAAUCGAGCCUGUCGCUCGCGGACGUUAUUGUUUUAAACAUUUUUUAUUUAUUCAGCAAGUGAACUUCUGGAUCAGAACGAGGUUCGAUCCUCAUCAUCACAGAGAAGCUGCAGUUGAAUGUGUGAAGUCCGUCUCCAUGGUACUGACCCGUCUUCUCUCAUGAAGGUUCGAUUCUUGUGCUUUUUCUUCAAUCGGUUUUUUUUGGUUUUGUAAAACGAACUCGUGAGAGUUGAAUCCCGACAAACAAACGAACACGGUGACUUAAAAAAAAAACCCCACAAGAUGUUUUCUGUGAUGAUUCUGGACGAUGUGAGGUCAUCAUCAUGUUUUGUUUGGUGUAAGUUCUGUUGUCUCUUAUGUUUUUUUUUGUUUUUUCAGCUCCUCGCCCGUUUUCCUAUUUAAAAAGUAUUGAUGUAAAAAUAUUGCAUUAUUUGAAUAAAUAAGAGAUCUGCUGUUUA